UACAUACACAUAUGUUAUGAGAAAUCAAGCUGUCACCUGAUUUAUCAUUUCUUAUGACAUGAAAAAUUUAUUUCAAUUUAAAUUCAGCGUACAAAGAAAUAAAAUUAUAAAAUGGACAGCGAUGAAUUACGAUGUCGAAAAGCUUCAGUUUCACCAGAGACAAGUUUAACUGAAAGUGAAUAUUCAUUAUUAGAUGAUGCUAGAUCUACUAAAGAUACUUUUAAUGGAAAUUUAGAUUAUAAUAACACCAAAAAUGGUACAGAUAUUGAAGUCAGUGAUAAUGAAUCGAAAACAGUGUUAAAGAAUUCGUCAUCACCAAGUUUGUAUUCAUCUGCUGAUGAUGAAAAUUCAAAUGAACCUGCUGAAUUAAAUUUUAGGAAAGGCCCUGAAAAUAUAAAUGAAAAACGAAAACGUGAAGAAAUUCAAAAUGCAUUACUCGAUACCAAUUACGGAUUGGAGAAUUGGAGAAAUUUAGCGAAAUCCGAAUAUGGUUUGAUUGAUGAUGAUUUUCGAAAAGAAAUAUGGCCAAAAUUAUUAGAAAUUAAAUGGGAUCCAACAGAAAUACCGCCUAGUUUAGAAGAAUUAUCUGUUCAUAGUGAAUAUAAUCAAGUAAUACUUGAUGUAAAUCGAUCGUUAAAACGAUUUCCACCGGGGAUCCCCUAUGAACAACGAGUGGCCUUACAAGAUCAACUAACUGUAUUAAUACUUAGAGUUAUUAUGAAGUAUCCAGAUCUAAGAUAUUAUCAAGGAUACCACGAUGUUGCUAUCACAUUUUUAUUAGUAGUAGGUGAAGUCAUUGCUUUUAGAAUAAUGGAACGACUUAGUGCUGAUCAUUUACGUGAAUGUAUGGAACCAACUAUGGAAAAAACAUCUUAUAGACUUAAUUUUAUAUAUCCAAUUAUUGAAAGGGAACAUCACACCCUUUAUGAAUAUUUGGAAAGAUCAUCAGUGGGAACAAUGUUUGCUUUGCCAUGGUAUUUAACAUGGUUUGGUCAUUCAUUGAAUCAUUAUAAAGAUGUGGUCCGAUUGUAUGAUUAUUUCUUAGCAUCGCCACCAUUAUCACCAUUAUAUGUGUCAGCUGCUUUAGUAAUUGAACGUGCUGAUGAUAUAUUUAAAAGUGAUUGUGAUAUGGCUAGUGUACAUUGUUUGUUGAACGCAAUCCCGGAUAAUUUACCAUUUGAAAAGAUAUUAGAGAACGCAACGGCAUAUUACAAACUAUAUCCACCUGAAGAAAUUGAAAAAGAUGUACAAAGGCGUAUUCAAAAUGAAAUGGAAGCACGAAAACGUGAUGAAGAUUUGGCAAGGCGACGUCGAUUACAACGAAUACAACCCCAACAUCCAAAUCGUAUAUUCCUACGUCAAUUUGAACGUUUCAUUCCAAUAUGGGUACCUAGAAAUCGUGCUGUACGAUAUCGUGUUUUCAUUGCAACAGCAACUCUAUCUAUUGCGUUUUUAGCAUAUUUACGAAGUAAUGAUUCAUAUUUGUGGUUCUUUAAUAGAUAGUAACUACUAUUUUUGUUAACGAUUGAAAUGUUUU